AUGCUUGGACAAUUUUGUCCAAUGAUUCUUAAACAAGAACAUGAUGAUAUUAUUUAUCUUUUAAAAUAUUCUGAAGAUACAAAUAUUGAAUUAUUUAUCCAUCAAGUUUUUCAAAAUGCCCUCAAACAAAAAUCACGUCAUAAAGAUAAAAUAAGAGAUACUAUUAAAUUUAUUGGGACUUUAUCAACAAGAAAUAUUGAUUUAAGUUUUAGUUGUACUUAUUGA